CCAAAGGGAGGUUACUCCAACAGAUACUUAGUAUUAUGAUGAAGAGAUGGGCAACGAAGUCUUACUUUACAUUCCAAAUAUAAUUGGAUAUGCACGCCUUGUAUUGCUUGUUGCCAGUUUAAUUGUCUACAAAACUCCUCUACAGUUCCUAGUCUUGUAUGGUGUGUCAGUGGCUUUAGAUGGUUUGGAUGGGAUUUUGGCAAGGAAGUUAAAUCAGACCUCAGCCUUUGGUGCGUGGUUUGAUGUUCUCAUUGAUCUGAUCAGCAGAGGAGCUUUGUGGUGCUUUAUCUCUAAAUGGGGGUAUUUUGUUAUGAUGAUAGAAUGGUUGACAUUUGUUUGUACCCACACAAGAGGAGCUGAUUGGAAAAUACCAGAUGAAGAAUUUCCAGCUGUCUGUAAAAUGGUGAUGGCAAAAGGUUUUAAAACACCAGUAGGAGCUUAUGCUAUAACCGGAAUCUUUGUGUUACCGCUGUGGAUAUACGGAAUGACAUCAGGAUUUCUGCUCGACUAUACAGGCCUACCUUUAUCUGCUCAAUAUAGCUUAUUGGUACUACUCAUUGGAGGAAGACUUUUGGCUUUAAGCACAGAGUUAUUUUUCAUACAGCAACAUAUAAAAGGAUUGUUGGCAGAGGGUAAUACAUCAAAGGCAUCCACAUCGUCCUAAACUGAUAGCUGGAGGAAAUACAUCCAUUUCUGCAAAUUUGGUAUAGUGUGGUCAAGUUAUAAAUUGUCCUGUCUUAAACAUUUAUAGGUUGUCAAUUACAGUCUGUAUUUAUUUUGUUUGCAACUUAAUUGACAAAACUUCUAUACCAUACAAAGUAAAAUUAACAUAUUAGUGACAGAACUAUACUGUUAACAGUAUUACUUUGCCAAAACUUCUAUACUGUAUAAAUCUCUCCUAUGUUGUAAAAACUGUGUACACUGUGUGUACAUUGUGUAAAAUAUAGAAGCUUUGUCUUUUACUUAAAUUCUGAAGUUGAUAAUGAUAAGAAUUUUUCUUCUGCUUUUAGAAAUACUUUUAAGAAAAUAUAUUUCUUUAUUUUAUGUGUGUUUUUGAUUGAUAGAUUUUUUUGUAUAUUUGUUCUAUUGAAAGCUUAAGAACAAAUUAGAUGGAGUAUAAUUUAUUUAACUUGAUAGCGUUAUAAGCUACCUGCAGCUAUAAAAUAAAGGGAUUUAUUAACCUUUUACAUAAUAUUAGACUGUUAUGUAGCUGAUGCUCCCAUAGAAGAAGAGGGGGUAUUUUUAACAAAUAAUCAAGGCUUUGAAGCAGUUUAUCUAAUUUACCACGGUUCAGAGUUCAGAUGUGUAGGAAUUGAGGCACAAGGGUGUUAGCCUGAGUGGUUAAAUAUUGAAGCGUCUGACUGAUGAACCAUGGUAAAUUAGACGAUAAACCACAAGAAGGCCUUGUUUUCAUUCUUACAUGUUCAUUGAAAUACUUUAAUAAAUAUUAUUCUGGACUGGCAAUCAAAUCGAGCCAUGUUAGAAUGUUAUGCUCAUUGUCGGUCUGUUUGUUGAUAUACCGUUUGGUUUACAAUCAAUAACUAGAGAAUGCAUGAUCUCACAAUGGUCAGACUUCAUUAGGUGCUUUUCUUUGGUCAACAAAUGACCCUUAUUGUGUUGAGGUCAGUAGGUAAAAGGUCAAGGUCAGACUGACCUGGAGUCUGAAAACGAUCUCCACUUAAUAAAUACAGACUGCCUUGGCCUACAGUCUCCAGACUACAUAGGGUGAUAACCUGUAGUCAGUAGAUGGCACUUACAGUUUUUAUAGGCACAGGUCAAGAUCACAGUUUCAUUGAGACUGAAAAUAUUUUCCACUAGUUAACAAAAGAAUACUUUGGCCUAUAGUUGCCAAACUUCAUAGGAAGAUUGCCUGUGGUCAGUAGUUUUGGAAGUCAGAAUGUCAAAGGUCUGGGUUGUAGUGAACUUGAGACUGAAAACAGUUAUUGCUGAAUGACUAAAGAAUGUUUUGACCUGUGGUCAGCUAAUUUCUUAGGCCCUGAUUGCCUGUGGCUAGUUGAUGACACUUAUAGCUUUGGGGUCAGUAAGUCACAGUGACCCUGAGAUCAAACUUCUUAGGAUGGUUGCCUGUAGUCAGUAGAUGAUGCCUGUUGUUGUUUAGGCGGUUUGGUCAAACAUCAGGGUCACAGCAUACAACAUUUUUAUAUUCACUUACCUCAUAGGGGCAUAUGUGUGUUACAAACAGCCUUUGUUUAAGAAUUAAUAUAACUAUUUUUUAGCUUGACUAAUAAGUAGAGUUAUUCUACUCACUACGGUGUCGGCGUUGGCGUCACACUUGGUUAAGUUUUUCGUACCAAUCCACAUUUUGUCAAAGUCUUUUGAGAUAAAGCUUUGAAAUUUCCAACACUUGUGUAUCAUCAUCAUGUCCAGUUUUAGGCAAGAGUACAUAACUCCAUCAAGGAUUUGGCUGAAUUAUGGCCCCUUCUAACUUACAAAUCUUCGGUAAGUUUUUCGUACCAGUUCACAUUUUGUGUAGUGUUUGUCAUAUGGCUUUAAAACUUUUAUCACUUGUUAGUUAUAAAAGUCUCUAUUUGUAGGCAAGAGUAUAUAACUGUCGACUAAUUUGGCUGAAUUAUUGCCCUUUUUGGACUUGGAAAUUGGUACAAUUUUUGUUUUGUCAAAAUUAUUUGACAUGUGGCUUUGAUACUUUGAACAAUUGUUUAUUAUCAUGAUGUCCAUUUGUAGGCAAGAGUACAUAACUCUGUCAACUAUUUUGGCUGAAUUAUGGCCCUUUUUGGACUUGGAAAUUGGUUCAGUUCUCGUAAGAGUCCACAUUUUGUCAAAACUAGUUGACAUGUGGCUUUGAAACUUUGAACACAUGCUUAUCAUCAUGAUUUUGGUCUGUAGGCAAGAGUACAUAACUCAAGUCAAGUAUUUUGGCUGAGUUAUGGCCCUUUUUUGGACCUGGAAAUCAGUUAAACUUUUCAUACCAGUCCAUAAUUUGCUUAACUUGUUUGUCAUAUGGCUUUGAAACUUUGACCACUUGUUUACCAUCAUAGCUACAUAUGUUGGCAAGACUACAUAACUAGGACAAGGACUUUAGCUCAGUUAUGGCCCUUUCUUAGUUUAUACAUAAUUUAUUUUAGGUCGAUUGUGAAGGAAGUUCUACAACUUAAAUUAAUCACUCUCGACACCUCAUUCCUGAUGGAAUCCAUCGCCACGAGGGUAUGAGAGGAGGCCAAUUUCCCUUUUAAUGCUGAGCGCCAAGCAAGGGAGCUAAACUCUGGCCCUUUCUUGACAUAGAAAUUAGUUAAGUUUCGCUUACCAUUCCGUAUUUUAUCUAAACUGUUUGAUAUAUGGCUUUGAAACUUUGAACACUUGCUUACCAUCAUGGUCACACAUUGCCGUAUAGUGCAGACUUAUCCAAAUCCACAAAUGCAGGUACAUUGUUUGUCUUAUCUAUUUUUUUUUCUUUUGUGUGAAAAUCUCUGGUAAUAUUUCGACCCCACACUUCCAUCAAUUCUUUGAAUAGUUGAGCACACUAUCAACAGACAGCUCUUGUAUAUAUUAUGAAUUAUACUGAAACCUUAAACCGAAAUAAUCAAAUUAUGUGAGUAAUGCUACGUGUGGGAUUUAAACCAAACUUUGUACAUAAUUAUGCAGAGUUUGCAAAUUGUUAGCAGUUUAUGGUUUAAAUGGAUUUUGGUGAAGUUAUUGCCCCUGAAAGAUCAAUUUUGCUACUACUAAUCUAUUAUUAGAUUAGUUUUUAGCUCAUCUGAGCCAAAGGCUCAUGGUGAGCUUUUGUGACCGCUCAAUGUCCGUCGUGCGUCGUCAGCCAUGCGUCGUGCGUCCGUCAACAUUUUCUAAAAAAAUCUUCUUCUUGGAAACCACUGGGCAGAAUUAUACCAAACUUCCCAGGAAUGAUCCUUGGAUGGCCCCCUUUCAAAAUUGUUCAAAGAAUUGAAUUCCAUGCAGAACUCUGGUUGCCAUGGCAACCGAAAGGAAAAACUUUAAAGAUCUUCUUGUCCAAAACCACAGGGCCUAGGGCUUUGAUAUCUGGUGUGUGGCAUCAUCUAAUGGUCCUCUACCAAAAUUAUUCAAAUUAUCCCCCUAGGGUCAAAUAUGGCCCCGCCCCGGGGCGUCACAUGGUUUAUUUAGACUGAUAUAGGGAAAACUUUGAAAAUUUUCUUGUACAAAACCACAUGGCCUAGGCCUUUGAUAUUUGGUAUGUAGCAUUAUCUAGUGGUCCUCUACCAAGAUUGUUAAAAUAUCCCCCUAGGGUCAAAUAUGGCCCCACCCCAGGGGUCCCAAAUUUUACAUAGACUUAAUAGGAACAAGAGGACCAUGAUGGUCCUGAAUCGCUCACCUCUUCCCACAUGACCCAGUUUUGAGUAUGACAUCAAUUUUUCUAUUAUUUGACAUAGUGACCUAGUUUUUGAGCUCAUGUACCCAGUUUUGAACUUGACCUAGAUAUUAUCAAGAUAAAAAUUCUGACCAAUUUUCAUGAAGAUUCAUUGAAAAAUAUGGUCUCUAGAGAGGUCACAAGGUUUUUCUAUUAUUUGACCUAUUGACCUAGUUUUCGAAGGUACGUGACCCUGUUUUGAACUUUACCUAGAUAUCAUCAAGGUAAACAUUCUAACUUAUUUUCAUGAAGAUCUCAUG